AUGGAAAAUGCUGCUCAACUUAUUUUAAGGCUAUUUCAAAUAUGUGCAAGCGAUAGUCGUGCACAAGUUGAAGAUUCGAAAAAACUGGGUAUGAUGGGUUUAGCCAAUCAACUGUUUAAAAUUUACUUCCAGAUUAACAAACUGAAUUUAUGCAAAUCUAUGAUCCGCGCAAUCGAUAAUUUAAGUAUGAAUGAUCAUUUUAGUCUGGCACAACGUGUAACGUAUUGUUAUUAUGUUGGAAGAAAAGCAAUGUUCGACGGUGAUUUUGUGUCUGCCGAUAAAUCACUGACUUUUGCUUUUGAGCGUUGUUUAACGACGAAAUGGAAUAACAAACGUUUAAUAUUGAUUUAUUUAAUUCCUGUAAAAAUGUUACUGGGAGUACUACCCAAAGAAAGUCUUUUAUGUAAAUAUAAUUUGAAACAAUUCCAAGACAUUGCUGAUUCAGUCAAAACAGGAAAUUUACGUAAAAUGGACUCUGCCUUAGAAGAGCACGAAGCCUUUUUCCUAUCUUGUGGUGUAUAUCUGAUAUUGGAAAAGCUCAAGUUGACUGUUUAUCGAAGUUUAUUUAAACGAGUUUGUCAUAUUAUGAAGACACAUCUACUACCGAUUGAAGUGUUUACAGCUGCACUACAUUUAAUGGGAGUUGAAGAUAUAGAUCCAGACGAAACAGAGUGUAUUCUGGCCAAUCUCAUUCAUGAAGGAAAAAUCAAAGGUUAUCUGGCACAUCAACAACAUAAAUUAGUUGUUAGCAAAUUGCAACCAUUUCCUCCGCUUACAAGUAGUAUGGCUAGCAGUUUAAAAUGA